GACACAUUUAAGCACACACGGUGAUGUGUUAACUAGUUAAAUAACUCCCAGUAGAGUAAAUAGCGUAGCGCAAACACAACAUUCAGUUAGUAUGAAGAAAAGGAACGUCAAGAAAGCGAAGGACACAUGGACUGUCCCUCAAACACUAAAACAGACAACGGUUGUGUUUGUUAAAUGUCCACCAUUAAUACCGGAGCCCAGGGGAUAUUCGAAGCCUGUCCAACUGAACAUGGACAAAGAGUAUUUAUACAAAGACACCAUCUACACUCUGACCAAUUUCUUGAGUGAUUCGGAGUGUGCUGCGUGGAUUGAGUUUGGCGAACGAGAGGGAUUUGAGGCAUCCUUUCAAAAGCAGAAUAGGGAGUGUGCUCACCGCGAUAACGGCCGGAUAUCGAUUGAGAGCGAAAGCAUAGCGCAGGCCUUCUUUCUGAGACUCAAUCCCUCGCUACCUGAAAAAUACGGCACGCGUCAACUGAAUAGCUGCAAUACGAAUAUCAGAUUAUACAAAUACGGACCUGGACAACGAUUUGGUCGCCAUGUGGAUGAGAGUGUAGUCGACAGCAACGGGCGGAAGAGUGUGUACACUGUGCUAGUGUACCUUAACGGACACAACGAGGAUAACACAUCCGAAACACCACGAAGUGGUGACGGUGCUGAUUUAGAAGCCAUCAACACAUUGGUAGGGGGUGAAACCAAGUUCUAUCGCAGGCAUCACGGGAGUGCCAUCGCAUGCGCCGUGCGACCGAAGAAAGGACAGGCACUGCUGCACGGGCAUGGUGCACAGUGCCUUACACACGAGGGUGCUGAGGUCAAAGAAGGAGUGAAGUAUUUGCUAAGAACCGAUGUUAUGUAUGCCUGACACGAUCAUUAAUGUGUCUGUCUGAACUCAGUGGGGGGUAAUACGGGAAACUAAUUUAUAUCGCAGUUUAAAGGAGGAUACCAUCGCAUGCGCUGUGCGGCCGAGUGAAGGAAUAUACACUGCAGCACCGGCAUGGCACACAGUGUCUUACACACGAGGGCUCUGAGGUCAAAGAAGAGGUGAAAUACCUAUUAAGAAGUGAUAUCAUGUGCACUUAUUAAGCUUGGUGCUGUGAACCUAGUUAUAGCCAACAUCCAUGGGAAGGCGUGUGUGAGAAACUUGAUUUAUCGCGCUUACCACGAAGCUGCCGUCGCAAUCAUUGCGAGACACAAGAACUGCCAAAAGAUUCUCAUAUAAGAGCCUCUAAGGUAUAGAAGGAAGAAGUAUAUUCUAGGUAGUGGUAUAUUGUAAGCCGGACAAAGUCCUGCGAAGCUGCCUGAUGUGAUUUAUGUAUAGGAGCUGUUCAAGUCAUCAGAUAUGGCAUAUAGCAUGGUAAAAGUUCUACUGAGGAUAUGUUUGGAGGUGUGAGUGUGGAAGCAUACAUGGGCAUUGUCCAUGAGAAAAGAUUCUUUUCUAACGUCAGAAGAUCAGGAUGGACUCAAUUUGGCUUGCAAAGAUACAAUGCUAAAUCAACUGCCAAAGUUGUGACUUGAAGGAGAAUUGAGAAGAAAUCGCACUCACUUAAGUAACAAUGCCAGGGAUUUGGCGAUCUUAAAAUGUAGCGGUGCACAAGACCACGGCCCUAACAUCUAUAUGGAGGUGGAUUAUCCAUUCUGGUAUCAGUUUUUCCAUGGUUGCCUAUGGUCUAUUCUCAACUCACAUCAAGACAGUAAUUUAUCCUCAAACAUAUCGAUCGAUUCCGGAAAACUCCUUCUGCUGACACCAGAUGGCCACAUCACAGACUAAUAAUCUACUGUAGGGAACACCGCAAUUAUCGUCGAAC